UAGAGAAAACAGAACCGUCAGCUGAAAAGAGGUGGGGCAAAUAGAGGGCCAAAUUAAGCCAAUCCUUGUACAAAAUUUAAUGGUGGCCUAAUUCGUGCAUCUUUCUCUCUCACUUGGUGCUCUUCCUGGUUCGGAUCGUCACUCAUAUAGUCAAAUAAUUUCCAGUCCAUCCACACGGUGUGAGUGUGUCGGUGUGUGAGUAGCACACAUGAAAAGGUAUACAGGGCCACCAUGGACGAACCCGACAUUAUGAAAGAGGAGGAGGAAUUGGACGAUGAAAUGGACGAGAUCGACGAUAUGGCUGAUCCACUCAGCUUGGUUAAAGUGGGUCUGACCGAAUCCAUGAAUGGAUCUUCGGAUGAGGACGAUAGUGAUUCCUCGAAUGAAGAUGACUCGGAUCCAAGCAAACAUCAGUGUUCAGAGUGUCAAGCGUUUUUCUCCACGUCCAAGAAUCUCAGACAACACUUUCGUCUAAGCCAUCAAAAUCAAUGCUAUUGGACGUGUUUUGACUGUGGAGCGGUCUUCAAUGAUGUGGAACUCUUCAAGUUGCAUUUAAUAAAACUACACAAAGUCACCAAAGAGGUGUUCAGUCUAGAUGACCCGCAAGAGAACCCGGUGCUAUGUCCAAAAUACACCAUGGAAGUGAAUAUCCAAACCUGUCCCGAGUGCAACAUGCAAUUUGGUAGUAAAGUGUCACUGAACAUCCAUCGCCUGAAGCGGCACAUCUCAAAAACCACGUCAAAAAAUGUCCCCUGUCCGGUGUGCCAAGAGGAGGCCGUAGAUCUCACAGCCCAUGUCAGAAAGGAGCACAACAUAGAUGGAGUGGUGUGUCCUCAGUGUGGCAAGAUCUUGUCUAAAACUUGCACCCUUAAUCGGCAUUUGGAACAAGUUCAUCUAAAUCUGCAGAUCCACAAACCGGCAAAGUGUAAUCAAUGUGGAAAGGUCUUUUCCAAGAAGGGCCAUUUGGACCGUCACAUUCGAACUAUUCAUAUGGGCAUCAAAGAAACGUCUGAGCCUUGUCCAUACUGCGGCAAGAUUUUCAGCACCAAAUCUUCCCUUGAACCUCACAUUCAAAUGGUUCACCAAGGGGUAAGAAGGGCUUGCCCCGAGUGCGGAAAAGUACUCUCCGACCUGUGGAAGCACAUGAGAACAGUCCAUGGGUUCUAUAGACGCAAGGCCAAGAUUCCCAAAGAUUCCCUGGAGAUGCCAUCCGCGAAUGAGGUCCUCACACCCUCCUCUCCGCCUCCACCAGAGCUGAUGAUGAUGAAGCCAAAGAAGCGCGCUGGCUCCGGAUCGCCAAUGUCCAUGUCGCCCACGUUCGAAAUGCCCAGCCACAUUCAGGCUUUGGUCUCGAAAGCAAUGAACGCAUCACCCACUCCCCCCAAGCCAUCUAAACGACGGUCGUUUCAAGCUGAGCCUAUUUACGAUGGAUUAGAGAUUGAUGCCACCAAUUUAGAGGAGGCCAUGCUAACUCCGAGCGUCAAGAUUACGAAGAUCCGGUCCACGAACUCUGCCAAAGGCAAGAUGAACCAGGUUUCGCACAAGUAAAAUCGACACGUGUGAAGUUGUACAAAUGCCCUAACACCUUCCCCAAUUGGUAGCACAAAAGUAGGACCACUUAUGCUAGAGAAUUAUAUAUCUAUGAUAACAUG